CUUGAUUCGUGACUCACUCGAGUCAACUUGUUGAAGUCAAACUCGCACUUGCCAAAACCCAACCUGAUUUGGAAUUCGCUCGGCCCAAAUACGCACCAUCGGAUCACCGGUGUUCUGAUUCUGAACGGAGGGACAUCACACCACCUUGCAGCACCCGCAAUGAUUUUCGACGGCCUGGACUUCCGGUCGAAGAAAGAUGAUGCGUGGUACGCCUGUGGCGUCGUUCUUGACGGAAAGAAGCUCCGAGUGAAGUUCAAGGAUUUUGUGGAGAGCUUCCAUGACGAGGUUUUCUCCAUCUCUGAUUUCUCCACUCACCGUGAAAUUGAACAAUUUCUCCUUAGAUUUCGUCCGACCUCCAUGCCGAUAGAGGAGAAUGAGUGCUCCAAAGUGAUAGAAGGCAUGAUGGUCUCUGCUACAUAUACACGCGAUGGAUUAGUUCGAUUCUUUGAUGCCAUUGUUGAUGCCGUGAAUUACAAAGAGCACACACCUGGGAAGUGCCUAUGCACUUACCUACUAUUCUGGCAACAUGGUCCUGCUGAAGGCAACAUAACUGCAGCAAGUAUCGAUGAUAUAUGCCUUAUUAUGUCUGGUGCCAUUGAUCCCAGAGUGACUGAAUUCGCAAAGCUUGUGAGGGAAAAACUUAGAGGUGCCUCUUCUCAAUCUAGUUUCACAUCCAAGGCUCCAUUUUUGUCUAAAAAAACAAGUUCAAACCAAACUCUCAACAAGUUACAGGAGUUCAGUGGUGAUGGAGACAGUCGUAAUGGUGGAUCAUCUGAAGGGAGGGAAAGAUUCAAGAUUCAACUAAAUGAUCAAGACAGAGAUAUGGGAGCACAAGCAUAUGUUUUUUUAAGCUUGUCAGCAGAAACAUAUGCUAGAGGAGCACUUGUUUUAAAUAGCAAAUCAAAGCUUAAGAGGAUAUAUGAAUUUAUAAACAACCCAAAUCACUUCAUUGUAUCUUCAUCUGGAAGGCCAUGGGUAAUAGCUGAAGACAUGCUUAGAAAUGGAACUUUCAACAUAAACCUUCAGAGCUUGCAGCUAAAGUGUAAGAACCAAAAUACAGAGAGCAAGUUAAUAAUUGUACGAUUAGGAACAGAUGAAUAUACAAGAGCUAAACAACUGAAAGAGAUAUACAUGGAAUUUCGUGAUCAUGUAAAUAUACUUGUGGAGAAGUUAGAUAUGGAGGAGAAGAAGAACUUGAAUCCAUCCAGUGCAAAUUAGAGUCUGCAAAUUGUAUAUAUGCAGUUUCUAAUGAAGGUUUGUAACUUGUAAAGGUGCAAGUUUUUUUGUGUAUGUAUGUGAAGUUGAGAUGUAAGAUAGCAGCUAUUAAGAGACCUGUGUUUGAUUCUUUGUUUGGUAGCUCUAGUGAAAUAAUCAUCUUUGUGUUAGAAUAAACCUACAAUAAUGUGACCUUAGGACCAUUUCUGUAAUGAAUAAUGUGUUAGUAAUAUAUUUACUGAUUGUAUCCUCAAUUAUGCCAUGAUGAUACAACUGGUCCUCCAAUUAUUGUGAGAUGUUACUUGUUGGAAGUAACCAUCAAAAUAUGGAGUGUGGUUAGUGUUCUUGUUUUUACUUGUUCAAUCAUGG